UGUCAACGUCCAACCAACAACAUUUUGCUAUAGAUGUUCAAUAUUGUAUCCUAGUGAUAUGUUGAUCUAAUCAAUAUCCAAAUAAUUUCUCCAUAAUAGCCAUCAAAGAACAAUCACUAAUCUGAGUUGAUGGCUUCUUUAACUGCAGUUUUCUGGAUAUUUUUCCUUGUUACUGUAUCAUCUGAAACUGCUGUAGCUCAGCCUGAUGACUUGAAUAUGAUACCGUUGGGUUCUUCACUUUUUCCUGUUACUCAGCCCACAGCUUGGUACUCUCGUUCUAAAAGAUUUGCGUUCGGAUUCUUCCAAACUGGAGAAGGUUACAAAGUCGAAAUUCGGAUUGUUGGCAGUGGAAAUGGUAUCACAGUUUGGACUUUCAACCGAGAUGAACCGGCAGUAUCUUCAAAUGCAACACUUGAUUUUGUCAACGGCAAGCUUCAGCUGAAACAUGGUAAUCAAUAUCAAACUAUUGCUGAUCAUCCUUCAAAAUCUGCCCUGUCUGCUUGCUUGCUUGACUCCGGAAACUUUGUGCUGUACGAUGAAAAUCAUGCCUUACUAUGGCAGAGUUUUGAGUUUCCUACCGACACAAUUUUAGGUGGCCAGAUACUUUACAGUGGGAGAGAACUCAUCUCUAGCCUUUCUCAAGAUGACAAAUCGUCUGGCCUAUUCCAUCUGAAAAUGGAGUAUUCUGGAAAUCUUGUUGCUUAUCGUGUAGAUGUCACUUCAGAGACCUAUUGGGGCAUGUUUAAUGUGAGCUACAGCAAUAAUAGUCAGCUGAUUCUUGAUAAUUCUACCGGAACAUUGUCUCUGAUUGAACCCUCUGAUUCUUCUGUCGUGCAUGUAUUGGCUUCAGCAAUUUCACAGAUCAGGGGAAAUAUUUACCGGGCAACACUUGGUUAUGAUGGAAACUUUAGAUUGUAUACUCACAGCUUUGAUGCAGUGACAUUACAAUUUAAGAUGAGGACAGAAUGGGAAGCUAUUGAUGAUCUCUGCGACAUAAAGGGCAUCUGUGGCUUUAACAGCUAUUGCACUAGUAAAGAUAUGGAGUGGAAUUGCAGUUGUAUACCAGGGUUCAACUUCAUCAGGGACCUCAGCAGCCUGGCCAUUAAUAUCUACGGCUGUGAGAAGAAUUUCACCGGUGGAAUGUGCAUUAACGGCAAGGAAGAUGCAGCACGUAACAGCAUGACUCCUGUGAGUAUAUUAGGGGAAGAUCGACCUUAUUUUCAAGAGUAUCAGGGCAACCAAGAUGAUUGCAUGAAGUCGUGUUCAGAGGACUGUGAUUGUGAUGCAGCUACAUAUUCCGACUUGCAUUGUUCUAGAUACAGGCUUCCUCUCAUGUAUCUCAGUAAUGCUACUUUUACAUCAUCUAUUGCUUUUAUCAAAUCACCAAAUCCUCAAAAUGAUCAUCUAAAGAAGGAGGUGUCUUGGUUAACAUUUUUUGCAAUGAGUCUAAGCUUUGUUACAUAUUCAUCCGUUGUACUCGCAUGUUUUGGUAUCUUCAUGUUUAAGUUCCAUGUUCUAAAGUACAAGAAGCUGCUGCUUCAGACCAGAACAACUGGCUUAAUCAAAGAAUUCACGCUUCAAACGUACACCUAUAAUGAGCUAAAGAAGGCGACAAAGGGAUUCAAGCAAGAAUUAGGCAAAGGAGCAUUUGGUGCAGUUCACAGGGGGAGUUUUGAUAAAGGCAAAAGUUUUGUUGCAGUGAAAAGAUUAGAGAAGGUAGUGGAAGAAGGUGAAAGAGAGUUCCGAGCUGAAAUGAGGGCAAUAGGCAGGACUCGUCACAGAAAUUUGGUUCAAUUGCUCGGAUACUGUAUUGAAGGACCGAAAAGACUCUUAGUUUAUGAACUUAUGGUCAAUGGUUCCCUUGCAGAUCUACUCUUUAAAGGAAGAUUGCAUCCUAACUGGAAUGAUAGAGUUCAGAUUGCCUUAGAUAUUGCUAGAGGUAUUCUAUACCUCCAUGAAGGAUGUGAGGCUCCAAUAAUUCAUUGUGACAUAAAGCCUCAGAACAUCUUACUUGACCAAUUCUGGACUGCGAAAAUCUCAGAUUUUGGCUUGGCCAAAUUAUUGAUGCCAGAUCAAACAAGAACCGACACUGGUGCCAGGGGAACAAGAGGGUACAUGGCACCAGAAUGGAAUAAAAACAUCCCCAUAUCUGUGAAGGUUGAUGUUUACAGUUUUGGGAUAGUUUUGCUGGAAAUCAUCUGCUGCAGAAAAAACCUUCAAGUCAAUUUGGCGAUACCAGAAGCAACUCUGCUUUCAGGAUGGGCUUAUCAGUGCUUUGCAGCCAAGGAGUUGGACAAACUUGUGAGUUGGGAAGAGGUGGACAAGACGGCCUUCGAGAGAAUGCUUAAAGUGGCAUUGUGGUGCAUCCAGGAUGAGCCGGCUCUUCGCUUCCCUAUGAAGAUUGUGCUGCGGAUGCUGGAAGGGCUCGUGGAUGUUCCCAUUCCACCAUGUCCAUCCCAUGAGUAAACACCUCCAAACAUAAAAUUGUAGGUUAUUGGAGGUUAUUGCUCGCUUGUUCUUGUAAAAUUGUCCCACUUUGCUAUGGUAGUUACUUCUUUAAAGUAUGAAGCAAACUGAUUAUUUUCUGUUUCUUUUU